UUUUAUCAUCAAAACUGAAAAAUUCAUAAUUUCAUAUCACUCACGUGUGUGUUGUUUGUUGUGUUGUACCGGAUUGCUUACUUAGUGACUUCAAACAAAUGUUCAUUUCUUCUUUUGACUCCUUCAAAUCAUGGAGAUCAUUUUUAGGAGGCCUUUAGAAACUUUUAAAACUUAUUUCUACUAAUAAUGUGGUUUAUCUCUGUUUGAGCUUUUUCCUCGCAGCACACGGCUCUGAUGGCCUUCUCAAUUUUCAAAGCUUUAAAUGUGACUAGGUGUAGCUUUUUGUCCAAGAAAUCUUUAAUUUAUUCAAUUGGAUGGCAUGGACCUCACACUUUCUACUUUGUGUAUGCCGUGCGAGCAACACAUACUGCUAAAGAAUUUCCCCUCUCAUAUUCACCUCAAGUUGUGGAAAAGGGGCGGUAUAAAAAAUGGGAAGAAAGUGGAGACUUCAAACUGAAAACUGGUGGUAGUGAUCUUGAUGUGUUUUGCAUGAUCUUACCACCUCCCAAUGUCACGGGAACGCUUCACUUGGGCCAUGCUUACACGGUCACAUUGCAAGAUAUUCUAUGUCGAUGGAAACGAAUGCAAGGUCAUCCUGUUGUGUGGGUUCCUGGAUUUGAUCACGCUGGAAUUGCAACGCAGAUUGUAGUGGAAAAGAAACUAAAGAAGGAAAGAAAUGUAUCUCGUCAUGAAUUAGGUCGGGAAAAGUUCAUCCAGGAAGUCAUGUCCUGGAAAGAGGAAAAAAUUCCAGUCAUCAAAACUCAGUUGAAAAAACUAGGAGCCUCCCUUGAUUGGUCACGUGAGAAGUUUACAAUGGAUGAGGGGCAAUCUAUUGCAGUCCAAGAAGCUUUGAUUAGAUUGUUUGAAGCCGGCUGGUUGUAUCGUGAUGAAAUGUUGGUCAACUGGUGCUGCCAUCUGCAAUCGGCCAUCUCAGAUGCAGAGGUUGAGCAUAAGGAAGUAGAAGGACCAACAGAGUUUGUCGUUCCAGGCUACGCUGAGCCUGUCACUUUUGGUCUCCUCCAUUAUUUUUCCUAUGAAGUAGUUAGCGAAAUGCGCAAAAUAGAUGUUGCAACAACUCGUUUAGAGACAAUGCUUGGGGAUGUAGCUGUGGCAGUAAAUCCAAAUGAUGAGCGAUACAAAAACUUGAAAGGAGCCUUCCUCAAGCACCCGCUGCGUUUGUGCCACAUACCACUCAUCUAUGAUGACUCUGUGGAUCCUAACUUCGGCACUGGUGCUGUAAAGAUCACCCCAGCUCAUAGCCAUGCUGACUUAGAAGUAGCCAAAAGGCACAAUCUACCAAUCGUACCGGUGAUAACUGAAGAUGGCCGAAUACAUGAAUCACUCAAGGAUUCUGGAUUUGCAGGUAUGAAGAGGUAUGAUGCAAGGCGCAAGCUCAUCAGUUAUUUGAUACAGAAGAGACUUUACGUUGAGGAAAAACCUCACUCAAUGGCUGUGCCUAUUUGCUGUCGCUCAGGGGACAUCAUAGAGUUUUUAAUGAAACCACAAUGGUUUCUCAAACUAGACAUUGUAGCUGAUAGAAUUGUCAAAUCUUUAAAUGAAAAUGAAGUAGAUAUUGAACCAUCAUCGGGUAAAAAAGCACUAAUUGAUUGGUUCACAUGUAAUAAAAGGCCAUGGUGCAUCUCACGGCAAAUGUGGUGGGGACAUAGACUACCUUUAUACUCCGCAAAAAAUACCUGGGUGGCUGCUCACUCAAUGGAAGAGGCCACAAAGAAAAUAAAAGAAAAACUCAAUUUAUCAGACGGCGAAAUGAAAAACCUAGUCAUUACACAAGAUGAAGACGUUUUAGACACUUGGUUCUCCUCAGGUCUUCUGCCAUUUUCCGUUUUUGGCUGGCCAAAGAUUACAGAGGACUUGGAAAGAUUCUACCCGUUGAGUUUGAUGGAAACAGGGAAUGACAUCAUUGGGUUCUGGGUGGCCCGAAUGUUGACUUUAGGCCUCUUUGCGAUGGAUAAACUACCAUUCAAGAAGGUGAUUCUACAUGGUCUAAUCACCGAUCCUCAGGGGCGCAAGAUGUCGAAAAGCCGAGGCAAUGUAAUAGAUCCUCUGCAUAUUAUUCAUGGUAUUUCAUCAGAACAGCUCCAAGAAGAGCUCAAGAAGUCCUAUCAAUCUGGCCAUCUCUCUGACAAAGAGUUCGAUAUUGCAUUGGCGGGCCAGAAGCGAUUAUUGCCAGUUGGAAUUAUGGAGUGCGGAGCUGAUGCUUUAAGACUCACCCUCAGCUCCCAUGAUUUCAGGAACUCGUUCAUUAAAUUUGACUGGCAAGAAUGCGAGAAGAAUAGGAGGUUUUGCAACAAAAUAGUGCAAGCAUGCAAAUUUUGUCGUCGUUGGGUCAAUAAAGCCCAUGCGUCCUCUACCGACCAGCCAGAAGUUUCUUCAUCUUAUCCAGAGGCGUGGAUCUUAAGCCGCCUUGCAGAUUGUGUCAGCCGAGUCAAUAGUGGAUUGGACAGUUACAACUUCCACCAUGCGGCAAACGCCAUUCUUCACUUUUUUGUCUUUGAAUUCUGCGAUAUUUUUCUGGAAGCUGUUAAGCCUGUUCUGUACGAUAGUUUUGCUCCUGUCAUAGACUGGAAUGAUGAAGAUACUGCAACGUUGCCAGUCUCCCGCACCAUGCUUUUAUGCUUAGAGACAUAUCUACGGCUCCUUGCACCUUUCAUGCCCUUUCUCUCUGAAGAAUUGUACUUUAUCUUGACAGGAAAGAAAGUCCACAAUGCUCCAUUUCCUACUCAAGAUCAAUACGUUCAAUUCAGGAAUUCUAACCUGGAUGCAGACUUUAGAUAUAUAAUGAACAUUGUCAAAGCAAUGAGACGUUCAACUGUGUGUCAUAGCAAAUAUUUCCCUGACAAAGACUAUCGUUUCAGCAUUAGGACAAACAAUGCAGAUAUGCUCACUAAUCACAUUGAUAUGAUCAAGACUUUAGGCAAAUGCAUCUCUGUUAAUUUGGAGAAAGAGACUCCCACUAGUCCCUACUUCUUGGAUACUCCAGUAGAUGAUAACACGAGUAUCCAUUUGCUGAUUAAUUUACAAGACUUUGAUUUACUAGCGUAUGAGAGGCAGGUGACUGCAAAACAUGAUAGUUUACAAAAGAAAUUGAAGUCUUGGACAAGAGGGCAUCCACAGGAAAAAUAUCAAAACGCACAGCCAAAGAAAGUAAAACUGCAUCACGAAAAAGAGAUUGAAAAAGAGAAAGAAGAACUCAGCAUGAUAUCAGACUAUCUUGAAAUUUUAAAAGUGUGGAUCACCCAGACAAGGAACUCCAAUCAUGAAGACUGAAUUACAGACCUGUCUCCAAGAUUGCUGAGGUGGCAUGAGAUCCUUAACCAAUGUGUCUGCCCCGAAUAGAACUCAAUGAAACAAAAUCCAAGGAAAUGGUUUUCUUAGAAAAUGUCCACGAUUUCUGAGUCCCAAAGUUUUGUCCCUUCGAGGAGAACAAAAUCAAAACUUAUUCAUUUCCCUGUAAGUGUUUGGAAAUUAAUAUUACUUGCACGUCCAUUUAAUAAGUUUAAAAAAUUCAAAAUCUCUAUUAUUUUUCUAAGAAGUCUCUUAUGCAGGGUU